AUGAAGGUUCCGACAACUCUUAUUGGCUUACAGAGCCUCUCACUAGGCCUCUUCCUCGGUCAGGUGGCUAGCACUCCGCUGCCUCCGAAACCUUCAAGAGCAGCCGUAACGGAUGGCACCGCGACACUCGAUCAAGGAACCGUAAAGGGUUUCACAGACGACUAUGGAAACUCUGUUUUUCUAGGCAUUCCGUUCGCGCAGACAACGGGUGGGGAAAACCGAUGGAAAGCCCCUAAGGACGUCAGCAAGCUCAAGAAGGGCGAGGUGCUUGAUGCGACAAAGUAUGGCGCCACCUGUCCACAAGCCAUCACCGGCACAACAUACUCCCAACAGGAUGAAGAUUGCUUGAACCUCAACAUCUGGGUGCCCUCUUCAAAUAGUAAGUCGCCACGGGCGCCGACGUUCCCUCAAAAGCCAAGUGGACCUCAUCCUCAUCAUCCAUCAGGCCCUCCCUCAGGCCCUGCAGGCGGUCCCCCAGGUCCCCCGGGUCCACCAGCUUCUCCAUCAGGCUUGGAUACAUCGGGUCUUCCGGUUUUUGUGUAUAUGUACGGUGGGGCUAUGGUCACUGGAUCAAGUAGCAAUCCUCAACUGGUUGGUGAGAACUUUGCUCGCAAAGGCGUCAUCUUUGUUAGCUUCAACACUCGUGAGAGUCUUUGGGCCUACCCGAACUCCGCCGAGCUUGCAAACGGCGAAGAGUCGCAGAACUUUGGCAUUCUCGAUGUCGACAAGGCUUUGCAGUGGGUGCACGACAACAUUGCUCAGUUCGGCGGCAACCCUGAGCACAUCGUCUUUGGAGGGCACUCUUCCGGAUCGGUUCAAGUAGAUCAUUAUCUCUGGAAUCACCCCGACACAUUCCUCAAGGGUGCCGUUCAGAUGGCCGCGAACGCAAAAUCUGGUCCGGCCGUAGGUCCCACCAAUCAGGCGCUUGAUCUUGUUGCUAAGGAGGUUGGCUGCCAGACUGGUGAAGGCCAGCUCGAGUGCCUGCGUAAAGUCGACAUGUACGCUUUCCAAACUGAGGCCUUCAAUGCCACUCUGAACACGUACUUCACACCUGUCGUGGACGAGAAGACGCGCUAUCAAAACUACGCCUCACGUUUCGCUGCUGGCAACUAUGCCUCGCACGUUCCCCUGCUCACGGGUAACUCUGACAAAGAAGGCGCUCUGUUUGGUCUAGUAUAUUCUGGCGAGAACACCGUCUUCUCGGAUUGGCUCAACACUUUUGAUGCUGAUGUAGCGGAAAUUCCAAAGGACCUUAUCGAGGCCGCGUACGACAUUGCUGAUUACUCCACUGUCUCCGAAAUGAGCGGUGCGCAGUAUGGUGACGCACGCUUCUUCUGCCCGGUCGACCACUUCAUCGAUGUGCGCAGUGAGGCUCAGGACACUUGGUCAUACCGCUUCUUCGGCAACUACUCCAACCUUCUGCCCUUGCCUGUGGCUUACCCAACGCACGGCGCUGAGAUCCCGUUCUUCUUUGGAGGUAAUGGUGCUUUUGCUGGUAUGGAGGGCGUGACUGCUGAACAGCAGGCACUUGCCGAUUUCCAGAACGAUUGGUUCGUCGAAUUCAUCAAGAACCCCGCCGCGGGUCCUGGCUGGGACAAGGCCACCCCUCGCAGCGGACCGAUUGCGAAGCUCGGUGUGCCUGGCAACGAGCUUGCUGUAGAGAUUGGUAACACGGCGGAUUUCAACGCCAAGUGCCAAAGUGUUUACAACCCAUUCCUUCCAAAGUAUCCAGUCAUCCAAAGCGUACUUUCCGGCGUAAUGGACAUGGUAGAGGGUGUCAUCGGAAACUAG